AAAAAAAAAAAAAAAAAAACUAGUCCAAAAUAUUAUGUGAAAGAAGCUCUGAAUCUGGCGAAUCGAGCUGAAGAGAUAAGAAAAAGAAAAGGACGGAGAAUUAAUUAAAGAAUGAAGAGCAUUUAAAAGUAAAAAUAAAUAGCUGAAGUUGACCGAGCAAGUCAAGCUCCUCAGAAUAUGAAUAUACCAGAUCUCAAAUCUUGAAAAAAGAAAAAGGACACAAUUCAUAUUUUGCUGCUACCUUGAAAACCCAAACCCGUCUUCGUUCUUUCUUGUUCUUCUCUCCGGUGCGUAGACAAGGCCAUGAAGAAUUUUCUCACGUUCAAUCAAAGCAGGAGCUUCUGCGCAGCCGAUGGAAUCAAAAAGACAAUCCCAAGAGGAGGACAAAAGGGCUGAUCAAAAGCGGAGUCGUCAGAAUUCACAACUAUGGGAAAUAUUGCGUAUUAGAAGGUAUCUGCCUCUCAUUUGGAAUGAGCCCUAUUUGGAAGAUUUUAUUCGAAAUACGACCCGAGAGGUGGUUGAACUCCAACUACCAAGACUAACAAGUAGUAUUCAGACUGAAAUAUCUGGAGGCCACAGAUUCUUGAAGCUGGUUUUUAGGAAUGAAUUGCCUGAUACAAUUUAUACUAUGUCCAAGUUGAAAGCUAGAGACAACAAUCCUCUUGAGGUCGUUCUUUUCGAUACUAAAUCUCAGUCUAUAGUCUCUGAUGAGAAUGAUCCACUGUCUUCGAUCAAGGUAGAGAUUUGCGCCCUUGAUGGUGAGUUUGGUUCAGAUGGCAGUGAAAAUUGGAGCAAAGAUGAAUUCAAAUCCAAAAUCUUAAGUCCAAGAAGCAAUAAAGGGCAGUUACUGAAAGGAGACACGGUUUUUGCGCUUAAAAAUGGAGUAGGUUUUAUCCACAAUGAAUUCACUGACAACUCAUCUUGGAUAAGAACAGGACGUUUCAGAUUAGGAGCGAUAGUUGCGAAAUCAAAUAUGAAUGACGCAUUAAUCAUCAAGGAAGGUAUAAGUAAACCUUUUAGAGUCAGGGACUACAGAAGUGAGUUGAACAAGACAAAGAAUCCAUCCCUCAGUGAUGAAAUAUGGCAUUUGAAACAUAUAUCAAAAAAAGGGAAAAUUUUUGAGCAGCUUUCUAAGGACGGGAUACUCACUGUUGGGGAUUUUUUGAAGGAGCAUGAAACCAAUCCAUUAUCUUUGGAAGAGAAACUCAGCAAGAUUUCCUCCAAAAGACAACGGGAAGAAAUAUAUAAGCAGGCUAAGAAAGCAAAGCAUGCUGAGACUGGUGUUGCUGAAACCAUAUUAUUUGAAGGACAAAAUUAUCUGUCAGAGAAUAAUACUUUCAACUCCGAUCAGAUGCAGGCAUGUCAAAGUUCGAGGAGUCUGAUGCAGGUUGAGCUGAUAAAUGGUGCUCCAGAUCAAGAUGUUCAACGGGUUGCUCAGCAAGAAGAAAGUCUUUGCCGAAGGGGCAUAGAAGACUGGUUUGAUGAAUUAUCACAGAAUGAUGAACUUGAUCUACUCAUAUAUCCUUUGCUCCCUCCAAGUAAUAAUGAUGAAGCAGAACCUGACAAAAACCGUGCUUUGUAUUCGUCAAACAAAGGGAAAAGCAAGAUGAUGUAAGUGCUUUCAAAUGGGACAUUCUGCAUGCAGCUAAGGCCAAAGCUUUCUCGCCGCCAUUGUUGACUAUAACUCUAUUUCAAGGACAAUACUCAAAUAUAGUAUAUCUGUUAAUUCAUUGAUUUGAUUUCUACUUAUAGUUGCAAUUGGUCAGCCACUUUAACCUAGAGAGUUUUAAUAUUAAUGUGGAGUUUUUAAGAGUAUUCCUUUUCAUUUUUUAAGUAAAAAUCUGUUCCAUUCUUUGCUUUAACAGUAACGCAC